AUGGGGAGGCUGCUGCUGUUGGUUGGGCUGGCUUUUCUGAUGAAACACAGUGAUGGUACUGCCUACAAGCUGGUGUGUUAUUUCACCAACUGGGCACAUAGUCGGCCAGGCCCUGCCUCCAUCUUGCCCCAUGACCUGGACCCCUUUCUUUGUACACAUCUGAUAUUUGCCUUUGCCUCAAUGAACAACAAUCGGAUUGUUGCCCAGAAUCUUCAUGAUGAGAAUUUUCUCUACCCAGAGUUCAACAAACUCAAGGAGAGGAACAGAGAGCUGAAAACACUGCUGUCCAUCGGAGGGUGGAACUUCGGCACAUCACGGUUCACCACUAUGCUGUCCACACUUGCCAACCGUGAAACAUUUAUUGACUCAGUCAUAUCCUUCCUGAGAACACAUGACUUUGAUGGUCUUGACCUCUUCUUCUUGUACCCUGGAUUACGAGGCAGCCCCACACAUGACCGUUGGAAUUUUCUCUUCUUAAUUGAAGAGCUCCAGUUUGCCUUUGAGAAGGAGGCCCUGCUUACCCAGCAGCCACGGCUGCUGCUGUCGGCUGCUGUCUCUGGCAUCCCACACAUCAUCCAAACCUCUUAUGAUGUGCGCUUUUUAGGAAGACGUCUGGAUUUCAUUAAUGUCUUGUCUUAUGACUUACAUGGAAGUUGGGAGAAGUUUACAGGACACAACAGUCCCCUAUUCUCUCUUCCUGAAGACUCCAAAUCUUCAGCAUAUGCUAUGAAUUAUUGGAGAAAGCUUGGAGCACCCACAGAUAAGCUUAUCAUGGGCUUCCCCACCUAUGGACGUACCUUUCAGCUCAUCAAAGCAUCUAAGAAUGGAUUGCAGGCUGCUUCGAUGGGACCAGCAUCUCCUGGGAAGUACACCAAGCAAGCUGGCUUUUUGGCUUACUUUGAGGUCUGUUCCUUUGUCCAGAGAGCAAAAAAGCACUGGAUUGAUCAUCAAUUUGUCCCAUAUGCCUACAACGAGAAAGAGUGGCUUGGCUAUGAUGACACUGUCAGCUUCCAUCACAAGGCAAUGUUUGUGAAAAAAGAACAUUUUGGAGGGGCCAUGGUGUGGACACUGGAUAUGGAUGAUGUCAAGGGCACUUUCUGUGGCAAUGGCCCUUUCCCCCUUGUCCAUGUAUUGAAUGAGCUCUUGGUGAAGGCAGAAUUCAACUCAACCCCUCUGCCACAAUUUGGGUUUACAUCGUCUGUGAAUUCCUCAGGACCUGGUUCUGAGAGUCUGGCUGUGACAAAGGCAUUGACCACUGAUACUAUAAAGAUUUUUCCUCCAGGAGGAGAGGUUAUGUUCACUGAUGUCAAUAGAAAGCAUGAAAACAUGACUAUAAUCUCCAAUGGUGGAUUUAUGACCCCCGGGGGAACAGCAUCUCCUACAACACAUACUGUAGCUUUAGAAAGUAACACUAUGGCUCCUGGGGCAAAGACUAUGACUUCACUGGACCUUCUCUCUGAGACCACCACUGGGAUAACAGGAACAUUCCAGACACAGACAAUAAGGAAAGACAUCAUGGCCACAGUGCAUUAUCAGUCUGUGACCCCUGCAGGGAUAAAUAAGACUCUUGUCUAUCUUCAGACUAUGAUUCCCAAAGAGAAGGGAACUUCGAAAAAGAAGGCUGAGGUCCUUGGAAAGGUCACUGUUCUCCCCAGAGAGAUAACCAGAGAGAAGGGAACUUCCAGAGAGAAGGCUGAGGUCCUUGGAACAGUCACUGUUCCCCCUAUAGAUAUGCUCGUUACCCCUAAUAGACAGAGUACAAUUCUAAAAUGGGAGAGUUUGAUUACCGAGGUGGAAACCUAUUCCCAAGAUGGGUAA